UUGCUCUUCUUCGCUCCCGUUGUUAACUUUGGCUCCCCUUAUAGAGUUUGAUCUGGGCCUCACAGAGUUUGAUUCCCAAACAGGACAAGAUUCUGAUCCUUCACGCUCCCCUUCGUGGCAGUCAGGCUCUCCCCAGUGUUCCGACCUUUUCCAUUUUGAAAGUGAUUUCAUGCAACCAGAAAGCUAUGCUGGGGACACAUAUCCAAUAGAGAACACUCAGUUGUCCUUAUCAGUCCCGAGACACUCGCAGCCAAUGCAGGACACUUAUCCAAGUAAUCCGGAUACGAUAUCACCCGGUCCCUGGAACUCAGAGCGUGCAUUAAACAACCAGGGGAUGGGUUUUGACUAUACCGCCUUGGGCCCAACUGGCGGGAUUUCAUACAAUGCUCUCGGAUUACCAGAAAAUAACCUAGACCUCGGCCAGGAAGUUCCUGGAGCCCGAGUUCCUGGAGCCUUUGAACCUGUACCAGCCAGUCAAGAUACGGAGGGAGAGGAUAAAGACUGGCAAAGUGUCCCAUCAAACGCUAGUAGCCCCUGGGCAUCGCAGAAUUCCUCUCAAUCGGGAAGUCCCGCAUGGUGCAAGAUCAAGCCCUUUCCUCCAAGCUCCUCACCAAAAGGAUCCUAUGAUGGGACCAACUCACAUGCCUCUAGUGCUUCUACCGCAUUGUCGAAUCCGAAACGACGUGGUGCCCGCAAUCGCACGUUAACUCCUCAGGAAAAGCAAGAGGCUAUGGAUGUAAGGAAAGCGAAGGCAUGCUGGGCAUGCCAUCUAUCUAAGAUAAAGUGUUCCCCAUGUUCCUCCGGUUCUCCUUGCCAGCAGUGCGACAGGUUGAGUGGCAAGAGAAGAUUUUGCCUUCUGCCUUGCUUCAACGACCCACUCGAAUCGCUCCAGACAUUCCUGGCACCCGAAUAUCUCCUGGGCCAUUUGAAAGAGGCCAAAGGGGCAGAGUUCCUAAGCAAGAACGCAACGGGCUGGGGGACACAGCAGAUACAUGUGCGAAUGACCUGGGGGUACUGGAGACCUCUGGAAGCUACGGUGGUAACUCUUGCUGUGCCCAGCAACUCUCGGCUUGGAUAUCAUCACCAAACGCAGGCAAGUGGAACCCGUCAACCGACGCUGGUGCGGAAGAAGAGCCCGCCCCUGGGAAUCCCGCCCGCAUCUAUGGGAGGGAUGCCGGAGGAAUACCGCCGCAUUGUCAAUGAAAUCGUGACAACUGAUCUGGAUAUGUAUGUCCCGAUCGUAUACGACGAUCAAGACUCAAAGCUUCCCGAGCGUCUCCUCAAAGCCAUCUGCUCCUUUUACAGCGCCGGGCUGGCAGCCGGUCAGGAGUGUGAAACUCUGCGCGAAGCCCUCGAAGUACACGUCACCUGCACGAUGCUCGAGCGAAGCCUUAUCCUCGACGAGAAAUCCAUGUGGCAAGUGGAAGAACUUCUCGGGGAGCAAUACCCACCUCGAUCAGCCGCGAAUUGCGUGCAGAGACAGAUCAAAUAUGCAUUGUUUGCAUCCCAGCAGCAGCGGAUAUUCGACGUGCUCCGUAAUUGGGGAAAUAUGGGGUGGGUCAGCAACCCGAGGGUGAGCAUUGAGGAGAAGUGGGCAACGAGCUUUAGUGUGCUGCUCACCUUGAUCCUCAUCAUGGACAAGACGCUGGAAACGGCGUAUUACUUCUGUGAGGGAAGGAUCAAACACCAUGGGUACGAAGCGACGGCCGAGAGACGUCAAUUCCACGAGCUUGUGCGGUUGAUGCAGACCGAGCUAUUGGACAAACUGAAGGAGAUAUUCCACUCGAGCUUCAAAACGAGGAAGGGCGGAAGGGAGGCGUGCAAUCCCAUUCGAGAUGGAGCCGGGACCGCGUUUCAGAGGAGGUCGGUCGAUGACGCGAGCACGGUCGAUGAGAGCAUUCUGCGACUGGUCGAGGAUCUGCAGACGGUGGUUGAAGACUUUGGCGCGGAGGUGAGGCAACACAGGCGGGCUAGCCCUGCAGGGGGGUGCUAUUCCCCAUACACGAAUGCUGGGCGCUUGGCCGCGAUCUUCCUGGCGGAUUUCCUGGCCUACAAGUCGUGAGCCGGAUCGGGCAUCCGAGGGAGUUCCGCUGGCAUCUGGUAAAAGACGUCGGCUGCUGGCAGAGACAGAGGAGUCAUGAUGACGGCGGUGGUGUCGGAGCCAGAAGUGAAGGACUGCGCCCCGAUGUGGACCAGGGCGGAUGGUUUCAAGGAAAAGGGGAAGGGGAUGGGAAAAGAAAAGAAAGAAGUGAAGGUGAUGAAGUGUAAGGUCAUGAGGUGAGGCAGCCAGGUAUGAUCCGUUACGGCAGUCAGGACAGCUGGCAGCAUCGUCUCGGUGAGAGGAGGCACGUGC